AUUCGUAGUCCCACAGCAACGGAUAUACGCUGUUUUCCCGCGAAACAUUAAAUCCCCUGUAUUUCUGGCCAAUCACAACUAGGAAAAGAAAGUGAACCACCUGCCAGCCAAUAAGAAGGCAGCUUUCGUUUCACCUAAACAGGUGGACUACAGAGAAAAUAUGUUCAUAAAUUUAACAUUACUUCUUGCUCAGAAACAGGUCCCUCAGUGAUAAAAAAGUCUUUUGUAAUCUUUCUGUCGAAAAGGCUCUUUGUUGGGAGCAAAAUUAAUGCAAAAUAGUUAUUUUUUGUCCUUUAGUUAAGCCAUUUGUACGGAACCGAAGUGGAUCUCGUCUUCGAAAGAAGAUUUCCAGCGAGGCACCAAUUUUCCAACCUGUGGCUUUUCCUGGAUAAUUUGAAAAGACUUUAACAUUGUUUACACCGAGACAGCAGCCACUAAAUUGACGGAGAGUAGGCAACACUACGGCAGUGAACUGACCACAAUUGUUCCGUAGCUCGCUGGAAAGAAAUUAUUUCGACACUUUAAACCCGGAAAGGUUUACCGAACAGAUCCUCUCAUAAGAAAAUGGCCCAUGGUGAUGAAAUUGGAUUUAGUAUGGAAAUUACUUUAUAUUCUCCCGUCGCGUCCGUGAUUGCUCUUUACUGCCUUAUGACCAUUGGAAUAAAUAUUUUCGUCUGCUACUACAUCUACCGCAAGAGGAGCCUUCGCGCAUCGUGUACAGCACUGAUCGUAGCGAAUCUGGCUGCGGUAGACGUUUUGGUUUCGAUCAAAGAUUUGCCUCUCUUGAUCUCCGUGAGCACGACCGGAAGGUGGUAUUUCGAGGAACACUGGUGCCGAAGUUACGGUCUCACCAAUGUGAUCUACAUUAUCGUGUCGAUUUCGACGCUGGUUACCAUCACGACUGAACAAUAUUUCCGAAUGAAUGAGUCACAGAAGUCCCAGGGAAAUUCCUCUCGCUCCCUUCCACUCGGCUACAUCAUCGCACACACUACACUUUCAUACUCACUGUCCUUGUUGUGGAGCAAGUAUGUUUUCAUCAGCAGAAAGGCCUUUUGUGAGGUCGAUUGGCCACCUUCCGGGUUGAGCUUCACUCUCAUCACAUCUUGUAUCUUCCUCAUCCCAGUCUCUCUCCUGAUCUACAACUUCUUCGGAAAUGAUUCCCAAGGCGAAAAGAACUCGAGCGAAAAGGCGAAGCUUGUCAAGCUGGAGAGUGGAGAAAACGAGGAAAGCGACGACGAUAAGGCUCACUGUCGCCUGCAACUCGCUAUUAGCACUUUCCUGGUCACGUGGUCUCCGUACGUGAUCGAGAGUUUCGUCACGUACUCGUCUGUGGUCCCGAACAUUGUUGGAGUCGUCUGCGCCUUUAUUCCGAUUGUAACCACGACUCUGAUCCCUCUGUGGUACGUUAAAUGGAGACGAGAGACUGAAAGGAUACAUUUAUUUACCUCGUCCCAUGUCCAGACUUGUUAGAUCCUGCAUAGACACUUGAGGAUGAACACGCAAAGUUUUUCUGAUUCCCUCUAGCGCUAUGAUUGUUCCCUGAUCACUAUCGUAAUUUGAAAUUUGACGGAACAAAUAUUGUCGGGAGUUUGUAAGGCCAUCGUCACACGUGUAUUCUAUUUACCCAAAUGUUUGUUAAAGGAGUUUUUUUAUUAAUGAAAUUCCGUGAAUAUCAGCUCCGGACACCAUUUCGCACAGAUUCCGUUACAACGAUAAAACAGAUGAUCAAGGGUGGUCGUAAAUUAGACUCACAGGCCAUCGCGAGACAAGAUUUUCGAAUAGUUAAGCCGUGAGUGGCUGAGAAUUGAAUUAAUUUUGAGAUUUUACUUCAAAAUAGUUAAUUUUAUUAAUGUAUUAUUCUUGAAGAUAAUUGAUUGAUAAUAAUAAUAAUGGAAGCCGUGAUGUGAAUAGUUGGUUUCGAAUUUAUUUUACCUUGUAAAUAACUGAAUGCUGAAGUUCAUUACCUACCUAAACAAAUAUGAUUAUUUUAUUUCGGAUUUACCAAAUAUAUUUUUGGCUAGAAAUUUGUCAAAUUCCUUAUAUUUUUUCAGAUAACAGAAAUUAUGGCGACAUCUCUGCUAAUUUCUAUUGAAUCUUGCAGUUACUUUACUUCUUAUUAUUGCUUGUAAAAACUUCCGUCAAGAUAAUUACAAUGGAACGAAGAGAAAAUAAUUCAUCAUUUUCUCCUGAGCAGAACAUAGCUUUUCUUUCAACUUACAAAGGUCAGACAAGCGUCACCAUAAAAUAUAGUGUCACGUUGAUAAAGAAGUGUUUUAAGUCUGUAAAAGAAAAUACAUUAAAAUACAAU